UGUUAGCUCCUCAUCCAUUGGUACUGUCUUUCAUGGCUAUCUCGGUGAUCCGAUCGAUCGAGUCCUUCGUCAAACCAUCCCAAAAAACUCCGUUGCAUGUAUUGGAUCUCUCGGCCAUCGAUAGAAUACCGGUCCUGAGAUGCAAUGCCCGGACGCUCCAUGUCUUUAGACACGGCCCUGAUGCUGCCCAAGUUGUAAAGGAAGCCUUGUCCAAGGCGCUGGUUCCAUAUUAUCCUAUUGCCGGGAGGCUGGUAGAAUCCGUCCCUAGCGAGCUUCAGAUAGAUUGUUCUGCGGAAGGAGUGAGGUUUGUCGAGGCUACGGCAGAUUGUACACUCGAAUCUGUCGAUUAUUUUGAGGAUGUCAUGUCGAUCCCGUAUGACGAGCUUCUUCCCUGUGAGCUUCAGGACCCUGAAAGGAGAGAACCACUGGUUCAAAUGCAGGUGACUCGAUUCGCUUGCGGUGGGUUCGUGAUGGGGCUGAUAUUCUGCCACAGCAUUUGUGAUGGUUUAGGAGCUGCUCUAUUCCUGAAUGCACUAGGAGAGUUUGCGAGAGGCCUCGAGCGUCCCGCCAUUGAACCGGUGUGGUAUAGGCACUUCUUCCCUACUCCCACCUCUCAAUCUAAAAGUGAUAAUGUCUCUGCUCCUCCAUUGCCAAUCCCGCCACCUCCUAUGCCGAAUUACCAACUACAACAUGCCAACAUAGACAUUCCCCUGGAAGACAUCAACGAGCUCAAGCGAAUCUUUCGCGAAUCUACAGGCCGAAAUUGCUCCACCUUUGAGGCCGUGGCUGCAAGCUUUUGGAGCUCGCGGACGCGGGCAAUAGGCUUAAAACCUGAGACUGAGGUGUGCCUCGUCUUCUUCGCUAACUGCCGUCAACUCCUAGACCCUCCGUUGCCUGACGGGUUCUAUGGAAACUGCUUCUUCCCUGUCACAGUAAAAGCCUCCAGUGAGCUGCUUCAGGAGGCAUCUUUCAGUGAUGCGGUGAAGAUCAUUCAAGAAGCCAAGGAAAAGCUGCCCUCUGAGUUUGAAAAGUUCAAGAAAGGAGACCCUUUGGAACAUGGUGCCGAUCCGUUCGCGCCGCCACUCGCUUACACCACCUUGUUUCUAUCAGAAUGGGGCCGGCUUGGUUUCAACCAGGUCGACUAUGGUUGGGGGCCUCCCAUGCACAUUGUUCCUAUACAAGGAUCAAGCAUCAUACCCGCUAGUAUUGUGGGGUCUCUUCCUCUGCCGAGAAAAGGUGUGCGGCUGAUGACCUGGUGCAUUGAGGAGGCGCAUCGCCGGCCCCUGCUAGAUCAGAUGGCGAAGCUCUUCUAAUGGCUCUCCGAGCAUGAUCCAUGAGAGGACCGCCAACAAACAUAAAUUAUCUAUCUGCAAAAGUUUAGCCCUCUGUAUUGAAGACACUGUUUUGUUCCUUGUUUGGGCCAGAGGCUUUGGUGUGAUGACAUUGGCAUGUAAUGGAGAAGAGCGCAUCUUUUACAGAAAUUGCAGGGGGAACCGAAGUUGUAAGGAAA